AUGUCCAACAGCAGCUCCAUCAGGCACUUCCUCUUGCUGGCAUUGGCAGACAUGCGGCAGCUGCAGCUCCUGCACUUCUGCCUCUUGCUGGGCAUCUCCCUGGCUGCCCUCCUGGGCAACGGACUCAUCAUCAGUGCCGUAGCCUGCAGCCACCACCUGCACACGCCCAUGUUCUUCUUCCUGCUCAACCUGGCCCUCAGCGACCUGGGCUCCAUCUGCACCACUGUCCCCAAAGCCAUGCACAAUUCCCUCUGGAGCACCAGGAACAUCUCCUAUGCAGGAUGUGCUGCCCAGGUGUUUUUCUUUCUCUUCUUCAUCUCAGCAGAGUAUUUCCUCCUGACCGUCAUGAGCUACAACCGCUACGUGUCCAUCUGCAAACCCCGGCACUACGGGACCCUCCUGGGCAGCAGAGCUUGUGCCCACAUGGCAGCAGCUGCCUGGGCCAGUGCCUUUCUUUAUUCACUGCUGCACACAGUCAAUACAUUUUCCCUGCCCCUGUGCCAUGGCAAUGCCAUGGGCCAGUUUUUCUGUGAGGUGCCCCAGAUCCUCAAGCUCUCCUGCUCCAAAUCCUACCUCAGGGAAAAUGGGCUAAUUGCAGUGAGUGCCUGCUUGCUAUUUGGCUGUUUUGUGUUCAUUGUUUUCUCCUACAUGCAGAUCUUGAGAGCCGUACUGAGGAUCCCGUCUGAGCAGGGAUGGCACAAAGCCUUUUCCACCUGCCUCCCUCACCUGGCCGUGCUCUCCCUGUUCCUCAGUAGUGCCAUAUUUGUUCACCUGAAGCCUCUCUCCAUGUCCUCCCCAUUCCUGGAUCUGUCAAUGUCAGUUCUGUACUCGGUUGUGCCUCCAGCUGUGAACCCCCUCAUCUACAGCCUGAGGAACCAGGAGCUCAAGGCUGCAGUGGGGAGACUGAUGACUGGGUGCUUUCAGGAACACUAA